AUGCAGACCCGUGGCAACCGACCAAAUUACCUCGCUUUAAAUGAUGGCUAUCAAGACGAAGUACCGGCUGGAGACUGGACGUCUAGCCUGGCCUGGAGUCCAGCAGCACAAGGUCCAGAAGGACCAGUCCCAUCAUCCCCACUACCUUCCCGCAGUCAAUCAGCAUUUAGUGCCAAUACCGAUUCCUUUCUUGAAGCUUUCGAUGACCUUUUACCUUCGGAAUCCGCCUCUCAGCUACCUACCACAGCUAGUAGUUCGCAAAGCUCUAUCCUAAAUUCACGGCAAAAUGACUGGAUGUGGGGAUAUCUUUAUACCAGAGAAUUUCCCAACGAAUGGACCGAGAAGAGGAGUGGAAGGAAGAGGCUCGUUGAUCGAGAAAUCUGUUGUACUGUUAUCAACAAAAACACUCGAAAACAGUGCAACUGGUCUACAACAGACUCAAAACGACAGACCUCUACCACCAAUAUUCGGCUCUAUUUGAAAGAAAAGCAUGGAAUUCUACCUCCUGGGAUUACUGAUCUACCUACUGGUACACUAAAGUCGACUAUUGUUAGUCUCUGGGGUAAUAAGGGGAAACUCACUAUUCAAGAGCUCCUUGAAAAGAAUCUCCUUCGCUGGGUUACUAGUAGCAAGCAACCCUUUACACAAAUAUUCAAGGAUAUACUAGGGGCCGCACUUCUAUUUACCUCUCGUUAUACCCUUCGACAGCGUCUUUUGGAAGAUUUCGACCUACGACGUACUACGUUAAAGGAAGAGCUUGCAGCUAUAUGCCAAACAAUCGCUCUAUCCCUUGAUGUAUGGACCAGCAAAAACUAUAUCCCAAUUCUCGGUAUCGUGGGCUAUUGGCUUAUAGAAGACUUUGUCUAUCGAGAGAAAGUGCUCGAGUUCACAGAGCUCUAUGGUCUACAUAGCGGAGAGAAUUUAGCUGCAGCGAUUGAAGCUUUGCUUAUUGAGCUGAACCUUGAGCACAAACUGCUUUCAAUUACUGGCGAUAACGCUAGUAAUAAUGAACGGAUAGCGUUACAACUAUUCCAAAACCUACAGAAGACGUGUGGGACCGAUCCUUUAUUCGGUGGUUUGGGAAGUUAUAUACGGUGCUUAGCUCAUAUUAUCAACCUCAUCGUGAAGGUCAUUCUACUUGCCCUUAAGUCUGGUAAUACAGAAGAGGCCGCUGCUAUCUGUGAUAACCUGGAUAAUGGAGAACACCAGUCGUUUCCGGCUAUUGAACCACUUGUAAAGCUUCGUAUUUUGUCCCUCUGGAUUCACCGAACAUGGAAGAACAAUUGCAAGCGAAUGAACUUAUCGGAUAAGUUCAUCGAAUAUGAUGUGGAUACGCGAUGGAAUUCAACGUUUCGAAUGUUGGAUGAUGCUUUAAAGUCAAGGCAACAGCUUGAGAAGUUUAUUCACUAUGAGACUGGCUUUCCUCCCUUCUCAACAAAAGACUGGACACGGCUCUCUCAACUCUACAAUGUUCUCUCGAAAUUUAAUGAGUUUACCUUUCUCGUAGUACUAGUAUACUACGAGCUCCACGAUUUACUGCAUAAUGUGGCUGAGCGUAAGGAAGAUUUUGCAGAUCUUGAUGAGGAUAUCGUAAGCGCUGUUAGGGAGAGUAUUAAGAAGUAUAUGAAGUACUACACCUUUAUGGAUGUCUCUGAUAUAUACUAUACUGCACUGAUCUUGGAUCCCUGUGUGAAAGGAGAUCUCCUCCUAUACGAAUUGGAUGAUGAAGACACUGGGAGGAAUAUUCUGCAAGCUCUCCACGAUGACCUUCACUGCAAAUAUCCCGGAACUACAGAACCAGUUGAUAUAUCACAGCCGCUAGAACCAAGUUAUAAGAAGCAAAAAGUGGGCAGCCGGAUGUUGCGAAGACUACAGCCUUAA